AUGCCUCGUUCCGUUCCUCCGAAUAUAUCGCCCUUGCCUCAAAGUGAUGACUUGAGUCUUGCCGCAAGCGAAUAUCUAAACAUUGCUUCCCGCACCGCUCCACCGUCUCCAUCGGCCUUCAGGCGUACACAUUCCCUUCUCUCCGAAACUCAUACCGGGUACCAGUCGCUGGAAUCCCAUAUGGAAGCCGGUGAAACCACAAGUUUGUUAGGGAAUACUCGCGAAAAUCGUCGGGGCACACCACGAAGAUCGUACACCAGCAUCUCCGCUAUUCCAGCCCCUGAUAAUUAUCUCAGACACUCCUUGACGAGUGGUAGCCUACGUCGGUCUCGGCAUCACAGCCGUGCAAAUUCGCAGUCCCUGCGAUUUAGCCGAAGAGGAAGUAUUGACGACGAUCGAGGUGAAAGCGUUCCACCAUCGGCCAAGGAUGGAAUGACCGCUUCAUUUCUUGACGAGCGUAACUGGUACGACCAGUUCACCUCGACUGACUGGGUGCAUGACAGUAUUGCUGAUGGGGCGCGUCUGCGGGAACUGCGCAAGCGCAAGGAUUUUCGCGGUCGACUGCUCGCGGCGUUUGAUGGUUCUCAGGGUUGGAUUCUGGUUGCGUUGAUCGGCUGCAUCACGGCUGCCAUCGCCUAUUUUGUGGAUGUGACCGAGGAUUUCGUUUUCGAUCUGAAGGAAGGGUUUUGCACAACAAAAUGGUUCCAUAACCAUGAAAGCUGCUGUGCAGACACCCUGGACUGCUCUGGAUGGCGGUCAUGGUCGCAGAUUCUCAGUCCGUCUGGUUCCGGCAAUGGAUGGGUCGACCAUGCCAUGUUUGUGCUCUGGGUGGUUAUCCUUUCAGUUAUCUCAUGCUACCUGACGCUGUUCACCAAGACGGUCGUGCCAUCCUCGGUCUCCCUCACGACGCUUGAUGAGAACCUCGGUGCCGGGACUUCGCAAGGAACGAAGCGUGACGCCUCCGAGGACGCCUCUCCAGCAUCAUUAACUAGCCCGGAGACGCAUUAUCCAACGAUCUCCACGCGCCCCGCCAUGACUUACUAUUCCGCAGCGGGCAGCGGAGUGGCCGAGGUGAAAGUCAUCAACAGCGGUUUCGUCCUUCACGGGUACCUGGGGUUCAAGACUUUGGUCAUCAAGACUAUUGCGCUAGUCUUCAGUGUCUCGUCCGGCCUGAGUCUUGGGAAGGAAGGUCCGUAUGUGCAUAUUGGCGCGUGUGUCGGAAACAUCGCAUGUCGGUUGUUCUCCAAGUAUAAUGAUAACGACGGCAAGAGGCGUGAGGUGCUCAGCGCCAGCGCUGCAAGUGGUGUCGCCGUCGCUUUCGGGGCCCCAAUUGGUGGAGUUUUGUUCAGUUUGGAAGAAGUCAGUUAUUAUUUCCCGCCAAAGACUUUAUUCAGAACGUUCUUCUGCUGUAUUGCGGCAGCCCUUUCUUUGAAAUUCCUCAACCCCUACGGCACUGGCAAGAUUGUCCUUUUUCAGGUCCGUUAUGUCACCGAUUGGGAGAUAUUUGAAGUCGUCAUUUUCGCACUGCUUGGUGUUCUGGGAGGAGCCGCUGGCGCUCUCUUCAUCAAGGCCUCGAGUCUGUGGGCGAAAUCAUUUCGCAGACUUUCCAUCAUUAAACGCUGGCCAAUGCUGGAAGUUAUCCUUGUUGCACUGGUGACCGGGGUGGUCAGUUUCUGGAACCGGUACGCGAAGCUGCCUGUCUCCGAACUCCUUUUCGAGUUGGCAAGUCCAUGUGAUCACGAGUCCGUGACAUCAACUGGGUUGUGUCCCACCGAAGACGGGAUCGGCGAGAUUAUCAACGAUCUGCUGGUAGCCUUCGUGAUCAAGAGUCUUUUGACGGUGGUGACAUUCGGCAUCAAGCUGCCCGCCGGAAUCUAUGUGCCGUCCAUGGUUGUCGGCGGUCUCAUGGGCCGUAUUGUUGGCCAUGUGGUGCAAUUCUUGGUUGUAAAGUUUCCAAACUUCUUUUUAUUCUCGACCUGUCCGGUGUACUCGGGCAUGGAGUCCUGCGUUGUUCCGGGAGUGUAUGCAAUGGUGGCCGCCGGGGCGACCAUGUGCGGCGUAACGCGCUUGUCUGUCACUCUGGCGGUCAUUCUGUUUGAGUUGACGGGCAGCCUGGACCAUGUCCUGCCGUUUUCCCUGGCAAUUCUUUGCGCCAAAUGGACUGCAGACGCCAUGGAGCCUCGUAGUAUUUAUGACCUGCUCACUGAUAUGAAUUCCUAUCCAUUCCUCGACAACAAGAUUCAGCUUCUCUCGGAGGACGAACUUGGGGACAUUGUACGACCUGUUCGGAAGAGUCGCGUGAUUGAUAUUUCAGAAUCGCCUUUUGUGCCGGCAACCGAGCUGCGCUCCAAGCUGCAGCACCUGCUUAUGGCAGGUGAGCUGGACAGCGGCCUCCCUAUUCUGCGCCAUGAUAUUUUGUGCGGUAUUAUACCGGCUCCAGACCUUGAGUACGCCCUUGACACUAUUGAGGAUGAGGAACACACCAUGUGCCUCAUGUCAAUGGACACGGCUUCAGCUGUCGUUGACAGCGAAGAUGGCAACGGUAAUACCUGGGUAGACUUCCGCCGAUACAUUGAUCCGGCUCCAAUCUCUCUGGAUAUCCAUUCGCCCAUCGAUCUUGUCUACCAAUGUUUCGCCAAGUUGGGACUGCGUUAUCUGUGCGUUCUCCGCGAUGGACAGUACGCAGGCCUUGUCCACAAGAAGGCAUUCGUCAAAUAUGUCAAGGAUACCGAGUGA